AUGGGGGCCUGGAGAGGGGGAUUUCUCCUUCCCAAAGCUUGGCCAGAUGAAGGAGGCUGCGAGGAAGAGGAAGAUGCCACAGGCCCCCCGGGCAGCGGGGAGGAAAAGAGCAGGAGAUCCUUCAGGAGGAGGGGCUCCAAAGCCAGCCCAGGGUGCUCUGAGGAGGAAAGACCCAGCCUGUACUGGGAAGGUGGCCGGAGCUUGAGCCGGAGCUCCGAGCUGGUGGUGCAGGAGCGCGUCACUGCCGUGGAGAAGACCUACAAGUGCCCCAGCUGUGGGAAGAGCUUCUGCAACAGCUCCAACCUCCUUGCCCACCAGCGUGUCCACACGGGGGAACGGCCCUACGAGUGUGCGGAAUGUGGGAAGACCUUCAUCUAUGGCUCCCACCUCUUCACCCACCGCCGGGUGCACACGGGGGAACGGCCCUACAAGUGCUUGGAAUGCGGGAAGGGCUUCAGCGUCAGCUCCCGCCUGAUCCGCCACCAGCAGAUCCACACUGGGGAACGGGGGCCCCGGCCCUACAAAUGUGGGGAAUGCAAGAAAAGGUUUAGAGACAGCUCCGGCCUCAUCACCCACCAGCGCAUGCACACGGGGGAUAAGCCCUACAAGUGCUCAGAAUGUGAGAAGAGCUUCAGCGUCAAAUCCAACCUGACCCAGCACCAGAAGACCCACACUGAGGAAUGGCCCUACCAAUGUCUCGAGUGUGGGAAGAGGUCUCGGAGCAGCUCGGACCUCCUCAAGCACCAGCAGACACACACGGAUGAGAGGCCCUUCCGCUGCACUGACUGCGGGAAGGGCUUCAAACGCAACUUCACCCUCAUGAAGCACCGGCACAGCCACACCGGGGAGAGGCCCUACAAGUGUGAGGAGUGUGGGAAGAGCUUCAGGCAGAGCUCUGCCUUGAUGACACACCAACAGACCCACCAGUAAGAGAAGCCCUGCGAGUGCCCCGACUGCGGGAAGAGCUUCAUCUGCUGCUCCAACUCCAUCACCUGUCAGAGGACCCACCUUGGGAACAGGCUUGGUGACCCACAUUCCCAGUGACCCACCUUGGGAACAGGCUUGGUGACCCACAUUCCCAGUGACCCACCUUGGGAAGACCCCUGGCUGGUGGACUGUGGCAGGAUAGUCCCAGCCUGGCCAGGCCCAAGGUCCAAUCAAGCUCAUAAUCAAGCUGUCAUACCAGAUCAACUGCUGGAGCCAGGGUGUUGUCUCGGUGUUAACUCUGCUAAAACCAUCCUGGUUGGUCCAACGUUGAACACACACCCUGCUGGUUGAAGUCUGAGUUGACAGAUAAGCUGAGAGCUGGCCUGGAAAGGCGGGCCUGGCACUCAAUCACCUUAUCCUAUAAAAAGUCCAGUCCCCUCUCAUGCAGUAAGGUUCUUUCUGACAAAACCCUCCCUGGGGAGUGUGUGGAGAUUCCUCCCUUGGCUGGGUAUGCCCUCCAAGGUCACUCCUCGAGGUUGAGGGAAAGAGAUCUCCCCACAGGCGUUGGUCUGGGCGAGUUACAUCAGAUCAGUUUGUCCAGCGUGAGCUACCUUGCUCCCAACGCUGAAGAAACAAAUACCUUGCUGCUUAAAGAUGCAAA